AUGGCCCUGUGCGCGCGCGCGCCCCGCGAGCGGCCGCUCGGCCCGCUCCGGGCGCUCGCGGCGCAGGCGCUCGCGGUCCUCGCGGCGCGCCACGCGGCCGCGCGGCCGUCCCUCUUCCUGGCGCAGGACGCCGUGCCCGCGCUCGGCGCGCUGCUCGCGCCGCGGGCGCCCAUGCGGCGGCGCAACGCGGACGACCCGCGCGAGACGCGGCGCUUCUCGCCCAAGGGCGGCUUCGACGCCGUCGCGCCGGACACCGCGCGCGAGGUCGACGCGAAGGUUCACGCCCUCCGCGCCCUGGCGACCGUCGCCGAGGCCGACGGCGACGGGGCCGUCGCCGUCGCGCGGGAGCUCGUCGCGCAGGGCGCGGCGAACGCGCGGUCGCCGGCGCCGCGGCUCGUCAUCCUCGACUGGGACCGCGACGUCGAGGGCGCGGACCGGCCCGCGGCGCGGCGCCUCGACGCCGCCCUCAGCGCCGUCGGCGACCCCUGGCGCUGCGCGGUCGUGCUCUCGGCGACCGCGGCGCUGCCCGGCGCGGCGGGCGAGCUCGUCGGCGGCAUGGGCGGCGAGGUGCUGCCCGCCGUGAACGCGCUCUGCUGCUGCUGCGAGGAGCACGUCCUCAAGGGCGACGCCGACGCCGCGCUGAGGAGCGGCGCCGGCGACGCGCUCGCGGACGCGCUCCACGACGCCGCGACGCCCCCGGCGUGCGUCGUCCGCCUGCUCGACGCGUUCGGCCGGCUCGCCGCGCCCGUGGCGAGGCUCGAGGCGGACCUCGUGCCGCGGGUGCUGCUGAAGCGCGUCGUGCUCACGAUCCGCGACAAGCUGCUGGCCGCGCCGCCGCCGGACGUCGCGCGCGCGUUGUGCCGCGCGCUGCGCGAUUUGGCCAAGGCGGACGCGUCGGGCGACGCGCUGCCCUUUUAUCUCUGCACGAAGUGGUCCUGCCUCGCGGCGGUGCUGGUGCGGAGCCUGUCCUUCGUGCUCGACGAGGCGCUGGAGGCGCUCUGCGCGAUCGCGGCCGUCCACCCCGGGGCAGCACAAGAGAGCGAAAUUCCCAACGUCCACCCGGGCGACGACCCGCUGCUCCCGUCGGACGGGUUCGCGGCGCUCGGCGACCUGCUCGAGGACCGGACGCCCCUGCUCGGCGACUUCGGGCACCUGGGCUUCGACGACGUGGACCGCCAGCACGAGUGUCUGAGGCACCUGCGGGAGAACGGCGACGUCGUCGAGGCGCGCGACGUCGCGGCGCACCUGCUGGGCGCGCGGCUCUUCCGCCGCGCGGAGGACGCGGAGGCGACGCGCAUCCUCGCGGCGCUGGCGCGGGGGCCCGCGGCGCCGCGGGCCUGCGUGGCGCUCGUCGUCUCGCAGCGCCGGUGCACGCGGCUCGUCGCCGUCGCGCUCCUGAUCAAGCUCGCGGAGGACCCGGCGGGCGUCGACGCGGUCGCCGAGGCCGUCUGCGGCGAGACGCUCGAGAGCUACGUGAAGAGCGACCUGCGGGGGCGCAACCUGCGGCCCGACCAGGUCGAGAAGUUCUCGAAGACGCUCCGGUCCGCGUUGACGUGUUCGAAGAUUCUGCAGUCGAAGAUCGUCGCGCUCUACGAGGACGCCAAGGCGCGGCGGCACAAGCUCGACAUGCGCGAGAAGCGGGCCGAGCCGUCGCCCGCGGACAUCGCCGCGGCGGAGGCCAGGGCGAACCGCGCCGCGGCGGAGCUCCUCGAGCAGCUCGACGAGGAGGCGACGCCGCCGUCGAAGAAGAAGAAGAAGAAGAAAAAGAAGAAGAAGGGCCAUCGGGACGUCGCGGAGGCCGACUGGCGCCUCAACUGGGACAUCUUCACCAUGUUCCUCAUCGUCUUCGUCAUGCUCGUGACGCCCUUCGAGCUCGCGUUCAUCAACAGCGUCGGCUUCAACGCGUCGUUCAAGUCGCUCAGCCCCUUCGAGCCGAACCAGCACACGGGCCUGCUCAUCGCCAACUGGUUCGUGAACCUGGGCUUCGUCAUCGACGUCGUCUUCAACUUCCUCACGGCGAUCCACGACGAGCAGCAGCACCGCUGGAUCAUGAGCCACUCGGAGAUCGCCGGAUGCUACCUCCGGUCGUGGUUCGUCCUCGACGCGGGCACGAUCGUCCCCAUCGAGUACUUCGCCGGCUCGGAGGCGUCGCUCAUCCGCCUCCUGCGCCUCAUGCGCCUCUUCAAGCUCGUCAAGGUCUUGAAGUCGGAGAAGCUCGUCGCGCGCGUCUCGCGGCACAUCGACAUGUCGACGAAGUUCCAGACGAUCAUCAAGUACUGCGUCAUGAUGCUCGUGCUCAUCCACUGGUCCGCCUGCGGCCUGCGCAUGGUCACGGACUACAACCUCAAGGAGUGCCGCUACUCCGCGGACCAGGACUCGCGCUGCCCGGAGACCGUGCUCACGUCGACGGGCAACUGGGGCGAGGGCGUCUGGGCCAUCUACGUCGAGGCCUGCAUCUGGGCGCUCAUCGCCUUGAACGGCGAGGCCGACGCCCGCACGCACGCGGAGUGCGUCCUGGGGAUGAUCAUCAUGCUCGUCGGCGUCAUCAUCCUCGCGUUCCUCGUCGGCGACAUGUCGAACAUCAUGUCGAACCUCGACCCCGUGACGAACGAGUUCAAGCAGACGCUCGACAACUUGAACGACUACAUGCGCAAGAAGACGGGCUUUCCGGAUGCGCUGCGGCUGCGGCUCCGCGAGUACAUCCUGCUCAGCGAGCCCGUGUACCGCGACCACUUCAACAAGGAGAUGCUCUCGAAGCUGUCGCCGUCGCUCCAGCUCAUCGUCGCGAAACAGAACCUGGGCCGCACGGUGACGCGCAUGCCCUUCACGGCCUACACGAUCCACAGCCAGGCGGGCCUGAAGCGCGGGAGCCGCGUGCGCGUGAAGAUCUUCCACGAUCUGGGCCUGCCCGCGACGUACAAGGCCGCGGUCGUCCUGUCGUCGCCCGCGCUGCUCCGCUACGACGUCAAGUACGACGACAGCGGCCGCGUCGAGCGCGACGUCAAGCACGACCGCAUCGUCCACGACGAGAAGCCGGGCCAGGGCAAGCUGGGCUUCCAGGUCGACGCGUUCGUCGCGUCCGUCGCGCGGCUGUUGGUCGCGCAGCUCUACAUGCCCUUCGACACGGUCAUCCACCAGGGCAUCGACCUCAACACGGUCAUGUACGUCGUCGACAGCGGCAAGGUCAUCUGCAUGAACUACGACAAAACGAGCACCUUCGGCAUCUCGCUGAAGCAGGAGAAGGACUUCUUCGGCGACGACAUCGCGAUGCUCGCGUCGGGCGACCGGAAGCCCGUGCUCCGCGACUACGCGGCGGUGGCCACGCGCACGACGCAGCUCCACGCCCUCGACGCCUUCGAGUUCCUCGACUUCCUCGAGGCGAGCCCGGGCCUCGCGGUGUUCCUGCGCCACUUCGAGAAGUGGGGCUGCUGGGUCCGCAUGAAGCGCGUCUUCCUCGACACCAAGGACAUCCUCGGCUGCAUCCGCGACGCGGACCGGGCCGCGAAGAAGCUCCGCAAGAAGCGCCGGGCCGCGACGCUCGGCGUCGACGACACGGCGGACCUCCUCGCGCUCGUCGCGGACGCGCAGCGCCACGGCGCGGCCGACGACGCGGCCGCCGCCGCCGCGCGGUCGCCGCUCGCGACCGCCGACGUCCUCAAGGCCCUCGGCUCCCUCGUCGCCGCGCUCCGCAAGCGGCGCGAGGAGGCCUAGGCACCCGCUAAUCUUGUCUCGCGGGCUCGCUU